AUGAUCCAUCACAAAAUAGAUAUUGCUCUAAUAUCUGAAGCACAUUGCAACAGCAGGAGCAAUGUCAAAAUCAAAGGACAUAAAGUUUAUUUCACCACUCAUCCAGAUGGUACAGCGCAUGCUGGCACUGCUAUAAUAAUACGUGACACUAUAAAACACCAUGUUCAACCCGAAUUUAAGACAAGCUACAUUCAAGCUACAAUAGUGACAGUGUAUAACGAAAAUGGCACUACAAGCGUAGCAGCAGUAUACUGCCCACCUAAACACAGCAUAGACUCUACUAUGUUUGCCAACUUUUUUACAGGCCUGGGUGGAUGUUUCAUUGCUGGUGGUGACUGGAACUCGAAACAUACCCACUGGGGCUCCAGAUUAACAACGACACGUGGACGGCAGCUUAAACACUGUGUAGACACACAUAAAAUGAUAACAAUGUCAACCUCACAACCCACAUAUUGGCCAUCAGAUCCUAAUAAGAUACCAGACAUCCUAGAUUUCUUUGUUACCAAAGGACAGUCUCGAAAGUACUUCAAAACGGAGACGUGUCUGGACAGCUGUUCUGAUCAUACACCAAUCAUACUGAAUGUCAGCAUGGUUGUAAUUGAGCCUGAAAGGACUCAAAUGCUUUACAACCAUAGAACAGACUGGGACUCUCUCCGAGAAUAUGUUGAUGAGGCAAUCAAUCUAAAGGUCAAGCUAAAAACUGCUGAGGAUAUAGAUCAGGCUCUGAAACAUUUUACAAACCUGGUCCAAGAGGCAUGCUGGAGAAUGACUCCUGUCCUAGAUAGUUCCAGAUACAAUACCAACUUACCACUAUACAUUAAAGAUAAAAUAAUUGAAAAAAGAAGACUGCGUAGAAUCUGGCAUCUUAGCAGACAUCCCAUAGACAAAGCAGCCUUGAAUAAGGCAAUACAGAACUUAAGGAAACUAAUUCAAACAGCAAAUGACUUGACCCUACAGGACCAGCUGCAGUCACUGUCUGCAACUAAGGUAACAGACUAUUCGCUUUGGAAAUGUAUGAAAUCCUAUGACAGACCACAAGAGCAGAAGCCACCACUAAAAAAUGAAAAGUGCUCCUCGAAAUGGGCAAGAACUAGUAAGGAGAAGGCUGACCUUUUUGCUAGUCAUUUAUCAAAUGUGUUUGUACCAAAUGAAACUGGUGAUCGAAAUGCAGAAAGUGACAUUAAUGGCAUACUAAACCAAGACUUUCAAUUGGAUCUUCCUCCCCGUCCUGUGACUCCCCGAGAAGUACGGAAAAAUAUUAGAUUGCUUGAUAACAAGAAAGCACCGGGCUAUGAUCUAAUUACAAAGGAAGUGCUCGUCGAGCUACCUUGGAGAGCCAUAUUAUACAUUACCAUCCUAAUGAAUGCUAUGUUGAGACUACAAUAUUUCCCAGACCUGUGGAAAAUCUCUGAGAUCAUUAUGAUAUACAAGGCCGGGAAACCUGCAAAUGAAAAGACCUCCUAUAGGCCAAUAAGUCUAUUACCAACAAUCUCAAAAUUGUUUGAGAAGAUAUUGUUAGAUAGAAUAAUGCCAUAUCUAGUUGAGAGAAAAAUCAUACCGGACCACCAAUUUGGCUUCAGAAGACAGCAUGGGACGAUAGAGCAAGUACACAGAGUCUGCGAGUACAUAAGGAGCACCCUGGAACAAAAGGAAUAUUGCUCUGCUGCCUUCCUUGAUGUCCAGCAGGCAUUUGAUCGAGUUUGGCACAAAGGUCUUCUGUGCAAAAUUAAAGAGAAUCUGCCUCAUACAUUGUUUACCAUAUUGAAAUCAUACUUAACUGACAGGUUGUUUUAUGUUAGGGAAUCGGAGGAGUGCUCAACCCUUUUGGAGAUAAAAGCAGGAGUACCACAGGGUUCUAUACUGGGACCAAUUCUUUAUGUGGUCUACACUGCAGACCUACCUGUAACGCCUGGCACCAUGUUGGCCACAUUCGCUGAUGAUACGGCAAUUCUUGCAUGCCAUAGCAAUCCUGAUGUGGCAUCAAACAAACUACAGGAAGCCCUAAAUAGAAUACACAGCUGGCUAGAACGAUGGCGCAUAAAAGCCAGUGCGGCCAAAUCCGUGCAUGUGACCUUCACCCUCAGAACUGGAAACUGCCCCUCUGUAACCCUAGGAAAUAACACUUUACCUCAGAGUAACUGUGUGCGCUACCUCGGCAUCCACUUAGACCAACGGCUGACAUGGAGGCAACACAUAAAUGCAAAGAAAGAAGAAAUCUCACUUAAACACAACAAUUUGUACUGGAUGCUCAGCCGCAACUCCAAGUUAUCACUAGACAACAAACUAUUAAUUUAUAAAACUGUCAUCAAACCGAUCUGGAUGUAUGGCAUACAGUUGUGGGGGAGUGCCUCCGACAGUAAUAUUAACAUAUUACAACGCCAAGAAAAUAAAAUUCUUCGGACCAUGGCCAAUGUGCCAUGGUUUGUUCGUAAUUCGGAACUCCAUGAACACCUGCGAAUUGGCACAGUUAAGGAUGAGAUACGCUCUGCUGCUGUAACAUACAGGAAAAAGCUCACAAUCCACCCAAAUGAACUUGCACGCCAACUGACCAUAAAUAAAUAUACUGUACGCCUGAAAAGACACCACAUCAUGGAGCUUCAAGAUCGAAAAUAG